GAAUUUUUGCUGUAUUUACGGAUACAACUUCAAAUAUUUCGAACUUCUCACCUGCCUCCACAUAUGAUCGGUCACAAAGAAUCUCUAGCGGAAGAUUUCAAUUAUUUAAACCUGUCAACAUUGAAAGAUUCUGAACAUCCACAAUGUUUCUUUAUGUAUGGAAGGCCCUUGUGGAGUUCACUAAUGUCGCCUUCGCUUGGUGAUACUAAAGGAUUUGUACCACAUAGUAUUAUUAAUUUAGCCAUGGAUAAGCUUGUCGGUGGAAUGACUUACACUUCUUGGAAAAAAAAACAUAAAAAUCGUAUCAGCAUCGUGGAAGCAUUGGCCAUCUUAGGACCCCGUUUAUGUAUAGACAUUGUACCACAGUCCGAAUAUGCACCUAGUUUGGUGUCAAAUUUUAUGCGUUAUUGCAUUAAUAUCUCAGAUGAUCGUAAAAAUAUCACUACAUCGAUGUCUACUGAACCUGUACUAGCAGAAGCGUCUGCUCAAAUAAUGAACGAUCCAGACAUUAAACUUAUAGAAAUUAUUAAUGAACUUAUCUCGUCGCUUCAAGACGGUGGAGUAGAAGGUGGAUAUCGUGGAGAGCUUGUUGCUAGAUUAUUAUUACUUAAAGCGUGGGAUGACGUUUAUAAGAAAUUGGAUGCACCCUCUACUAGAAUUCAUUAUUCUCGUUUUAUGACUUUAAGUGAUUUUUUAAAAUCGUUACUAGCGGAAAAUGCGUACGACAAAAUAUCAUCUCGCCUUCAAGAGCGGGUAACGUUUACGGGAACGGAGUUUGGCCAAGCAUAUAUUAAGUUUACACACUUUAUCA